AUGCGCAAAGUCCCGGAAUUUGUUAAACUUCCGCCGUACGCCGUGACUGGAGUGCCAGCGUUCCCUGCACCGGGUAUUGAUCUGAAGGACGAUCGUGAAUUGGAAUCCAUGAGAAGAGUUGGAGCUCUGGCAAGGGCAGCAUUAAAUGAAGUCAAGCGUCACAUCCAACCCGGUAUUACCACGGAUUACUUGGAUUUGGUGAUUCAUGAGUUCGGCAUGAAAGCGAAUGCGUAUCCUUCCACUCUGAAUUAUCGGGGGUACCCAAAAUCGUGUUGUACAUCGGUGAACAAUGUUGUUUGCCAUGGAAUUCCGGACGACAGGCCAUUAGUAUCUGGAGACCUGAUAUCUGUGGACGUAACUUUCUAUCUGGACGGUUUUCACGGUGACUGUGCGGAGACAUUUCUAGUCGGAAACGUUGAUGAACAAGGUAAACGAUUAACCGAUGUGGCGAAACGCUGUCGAGAUGCCGCAGUGAAUGCGUGUGGUCCUGGUGUUCCACUCAGCAAAAUAGGAGACGUUAUUGAGGAAAUUACCGACGCCGAGGGCCUCACUAUUCUUCCGAUGUUUGCUGGCCAUGGCAUCGGCUCUUACUUUCACGGCGCUCCGGAUGUUCUGCAUUUUCGAAACGAUAAUGCCCAAGUGAUGUGUGAGGGCAUGACCUUCACGAUUGAACCAGCUGUUGGACAGGGUACCGAAGAAGUGGCCAUAUUGAGUGAUGGAUGGACUGCCGUGACGAGGGAUGAUUCUCGUGCUGCUCAAUUUGAGCACACAGUGGCAAUCACCGCUCACGGCGUAGAAAUUUUAACUCCAUAUUGAUGAGUGAUUCUGUGCAAUAAAUUAUGUUGAUGUAGACUAA